AUGGACAAGUUCCUUAUCGGCCCGACGUUCCACGAGACUCAUCAUAUAUCAUUCGUGUCAAGACUUGUUCAGCCUACGCCCGUAUUAAGGGAUGCUGCAGUUGCAUGUGCCGCGGUCCUCUUUGGCGACCAACUUGCUGAAUAUGCCAAACCGAGCGUGGAGGUUGGACACAAGCGCGCUGCAUCAGUAGUGUCUGCUCUACGCUCUUUCAACAUAUCAAGCGAGCAAGACCUAGUGGUUGCACUCAUAUUAGGUGUUUCAAUGGUCACUUUCGCCAUGCACGUGCAGAAGGGGAAUGCGUAUUUGAUCUCUCACUAUACGUUGAGCCUCAUCAAAACACAAAAUGCGGAUUUAUCAGCGUUAGAUUCCUCAACGAUAGAUCUCUUGAUGUGUCUGAUCAGCACGGAGACUUUUGAAUGUCUCUUGCGAUCGUAUAAGCCGACAAUAAGAAUCGACCUUCGAGGAAGAGAGAAUAGAGUUGAUCGCUAUGUCGGCCUUAGUGCUCCGAUAUUCGCUCACUUCUAUGAUAUUUGCGAGGUCAGUAGCUCCAUUCGGCAUUCGGAAGUGACGCGUCCGGAGAUACUCCGACAUUUGGAGACAGUGCAUGAUGGUGUUUGUCACUGGCAGCCGUUGACUCCUGUCGAUUUCCUGGAACGUUUCACUAAAGCCGAGGUCGUGAAUAUGAUGGCUCAAGCUAAGGUCCUACGUCUUGCGGCUAUGCUUAUUAUCCAUCGUAUAUACCAUCCCUAUGGCCAGAGCGAUAAAGAGGGACUGAUGUUGUCCAAGGCUAUUAUCAGCGAGUUUGAGAUGGUGCUUCAACUCUCCCAGCGAUCCAUCCCGUGUACAGCCCUUGCAUAUCUCGUGGCAUGUUUUGAAAUAUCUGGAAUGGAGGAACGCUCAAGUGCUAUAGAGCGGAGCGAGAAGGUCGUUACCUUUUCCAAACAGGCCCAGCUAAACUUCAAAACUAAAGUGAAUCUUGUCUGGAAUGCAAAAGAUCAUGGAUGCCAGUUUUACUGGUUUCAACUUGAUGAUUAUAUAGGUACAUAG